AUGUCGCAGUCAGCCGUAGAUGUUCCGCUAAAGGGUGGGUUCAGCUUCGAUUUGUGCAAGAGAAAUGAUAUGCUUAUACAGAAGGGUCUUAAAGCUCCCUCUUUUUUGAAGACCGGAACAACCAUCGUUGGUUUGAUUUUCAAGGAUGGUGUGAUACUAGGAGCAGACACACGAGCAACUGAGGGGCCCAUUGUUGCUGAUAAGAACUGUGAGAAGAUACACUACAUGGCACCAAACAUUUAUUGCUGUGGUGCUGGAACAGCUGCUGACACUGAAGCAGUAACUGAUAUGGUCAGCUCACAGCUGCGGUUGCAUCGUUACCAGACUGGCCGAGACUCUCGGGUUAUCACUGCUUUGACCCUUCUCAAAAAGCAUCUCUUCAGCUAUCAAGGUCAUGUCUCAGCUGCUCUUGUGCUCGGGGGAGUUGAUAUCACCGGACCUCAUCUGCAUACCAUAUACCCUCAUGGUUCAACUGACACUCUACCAUUUGCCACGAUGGGUUCUGGCUCGCUUGCUGCUAUGUCCGUGUUUGAAGCUAAGUAUAAAGAAGGCCUAACUAGAGAUGAAGGAAUUAAGCUGGUCGCUGAAGCCAUAUGCUCGGGUAUAUUCAAUGACCUGGGUAGUGGUAGCAACGUGGACAUCUGCGUGAUCACAAAGGGGAACAAGGAAUACCUCAGGAAUUACAUGGAACCAAACCCAAGAACCUAUGUCAGUAGCAAAGGCUAUUCAUUCACUAAGAAAACCGAGGUUCUUCUCACCAAAAUCACCCCAUUGAUGGAGCGUGUUGAGAUUACAGAAGUUGGUGAAGCUAUGGAGGAAUGA